ACUUGGCAACAUUGGCGUUGACAGUUCGUAGCUAUCUUCACUAUUAUAUAUUGUAUAUCCGCCGUAAAAUUUCGGCAAGUUUCUGAAAUAAAUCUGCAGAAAUGUCGGACUGGGAUCAGGUGACGGUGCUCAAAAAGCGGGCGCCCAAAGCCUCGACCAUGAAGAGCGAACAGGCGGUGAACGCCGCUCGCAGACAGGGCGUCGCAGUGGAUACGCAGCUGAAAUGGGGCGCGGGGAGUAACAAACAGCACGUCGCCACGAAAAACACGGCCAAACUGGACCGCGAGACGGAAGAAUUGCGCCACGACGCCAUCCCCCUGGACAUGGGCAAACUGAUCCAGCAGGGCCGGCAGGCCAAAGGGCUCACCCAAAAAGAUCUGGCCACCAAAAUCAACGAGAAGCCGCAGAUUAUCACGGACUACGAGGCCGGCAAGGGCAUUCCAAAUAACAUCAUCAUUGGCAAGAUCGAGAGGGCUAUUGGGAUUAAGUUGAGGGGUAAAGAUCGCGGUAAGCCGUUGCUCCCCCCGGGAGCCAAAAAGUAA